AUGGCGUUCAACUUCAACUGGUCGCCUUUGAUGGCGGACGCGGGUUUUUACACCCGGGCCCAAGAUCUGCUUACGGCCGCCCUCAAUAAGUCGCCCAAACCGCCCAUCAUUGUCGAUGAUAUUCACGUCACCGAACUCAACCUGGGCUCUAUCCCACCCGAGCUGGAAAUCUUGGAAAUCGGCGACUUGGCGGAGGAUCGGUUUCGCGGCAUUUUCAAGAUGUCCUAUACCGGCGACGCCUUUCUCACGCUGAAGACCCGAGUCCAAGCAAAUCCACUCAAUACCUUCCUACUCACACGACCGACUUUCGCGUCACCGGUGCCAUUGGCUGCAGCUACCCCGCUGACGAUACCGCUGCAAAUCACCCUAUCCGACUUCAAACUCUCUGGAUUCGUGAUACUCGUAUUCUCAAAACAGAAAGGCAUCACCGUGGUCUUCCGCAACGACCCGCUCGAGUCGCUCAAGGUUUCAUCGACAUUCGAUUCCAUCCCAUUCGUGCGCGACUUCUUACAGCGAGAAAUCGAGGCCCAACUUCGCAUCCUAUUCAUGGACGAACUCCCCGCUAUCAUCCACCGAUUAUCGCUACGGUUAUGGGUUCCAGAAUACCGCACAGGCGAGGAAAUGAACGACGAAACGGAGAACACGGCUACAACGACUGAAGGCCCCGGCCAGGAUCCCCUCGCGAGCCCGCCUCAAGACCCCGUCGACUCGCUCGGAAACGCGCUCAAUGAAUCCGAAAUCGCAUCGCUCUCCUUAGAUUCUUCGGUCGAAACACAUUCUUUGUUCUCCCAAAAGAACCUUCUUCGCCUAGCCGCUUUGACCGAUUCGCAGCGCACUCUUUCACUGUUCACUCCAUCGAUCAACGAAGUUGUGUAUCGGGCAUGGACCGCUCCCACCGACACUAGCGAAUUCCCAUCGAGUGUUAUCUCCCCUCUCAGCCCGACGUUAUCACGAACACAUUCCCAAAUCGGCAGCAUAUCUUCUCUUCACGAAACCGCCAGCGCUGUGUCUAUGAGCCGCUCGUCCUCCACUCCCGGCCAGACUUUCAACACCAGCACUUAUGGCUUGAGCCUGGGUGCCGGACGCCACUCUAAGGCCCACUCGCGCAAGCGCAAGAAGCGCGUGGUGGACCUGCGCCGCCCAAAGACUACCGAUGAUGCAAUGAGCGUCAGCGAUGAGAGCGUCGUGACCGAGUCCUCCCGGCCCCCAUCCAUCGCUUCCGCGCCUCUGCCCAUCGUCUGCGAACAGUCCGACGACCCUGUUACCCCUCCUUUGUCGCCUGAGAAUGACUUCCAUCUACCCCCGAUCCCUGAGAGGCACCGGGCGAGCCUAUCUCGCCCAAACCGCGACCUCUCUUACUCCCAUGAGACCAUCCGCCCAGGUCGCGCACCAAAGGCGGAGGACGUGGACGCCACGCCCCGGGCCACCGUGCGUGGUGUCGCCCAUGAGAAAUCCGAGGCGGGACCUUCCCGUUCACUGCCCUCGGUUGCUCUCCCGUUCACCGAGGAGAAGUCCAAUGACGGUGUUGAUUCUGUGCUAGUUGAAAAACUAGCUGGUGAAAUCGCCCGUCGAAUGCGCGAGGAUAAAAUGAUGACCAAUGCCUGCAGUGGCUUUUGGACUCGUCAGCAUGAAGAUGCUCCUCCCCCGGCCUAUGGCCAUUGA